GAUAUAUACGAGCGAAAGAAUGUCGGAGCAGUAGCUCGCUACGAGUCGAUGUCGUUCUUAUCGACCAACAUAACAUUGCAAAAUUUACUCCAAUCUACCAAGUUGCCACGUUACCCCGUCUGUCUUACAUCUGUUUGAGAUAAUAUCGAGAGAUGGCGAGCGAGGAAAUAAUCGAGGCCAACAAAAGACCACAGCCCAUAUUUAAGAACCGGUCAUUUCAACAGAAAUUCCGGCAGACUAGCACCACUGGGAAGAAACGUACUUGGCGGUCGUUGAAGCAAGUUUUGGCUCAGGAGCGCUCGUUACCGUGGCCAGCGACAGUUAAGCAUUACAGUUCCAUCAAUGCACCGCCGAGCUUCAAACCUGCCAAGAAAUACUCGGAUAUUUCCGGAUUGCCGGCACGAUACACGGAUCCGCAAACUAAAUUAUAUUACGCUACUGCCGAAGAAUUCGCAACAGUUCGCAGUUUGCCGAUGGACAUAACGGCCGGAUAUCUCGCUCUACGUGGAGCGUCCAGUAUCGUUGGUUAAACGAUACACCCAGUAAUAUAACGCGAUACCCAGUGUCAGCACACAAGUUUACAAACUAGCGUUUCAAAUGUGUCAACACACUCGCGAGUCUCGUUGGCAAAGAAUGGAGGUGUUUAGGAGACGGAGAAUUCAAUCGAGAGAAAGAGAGAGAGAGAGAGUAAAUUAAGUACCGAUACCUUUAUCUUAGACAUUUAUAACAUUUUGUCAUCUGCCAAUAAUGCUUUGUAGGAUUUUACCAAAUGAAUCAUCUCAUAGAU